AUGGCAGGCAAUCAGGCAGUGUCGAUGAAUCCGCCCAAUGCGCAGGAGAACCUCUCGACCCAUGGUUCGGAUUGGUUGUGGGCAGUAUUCUCUAUCAUGGCUCUUAGCACUCUGCUGGUUGCUGGUGCGACCCUCAUGAGGCCUCGCGGCACGCGUCUCUUUCACCAGUUGGCGGUCAUCGUCCUCACGACUGCCAGCAUCGCGUACUUCUCCAUGGCCUCUGAUCUUGGGGCGACGCCUAUCGCUGCCGAGUUCCGCGGCGGUGGAACUCGUCAGAUUUGGUAUGUCCGCUACAUCCAGUGGUUCAUCAACUUCCCCAUCCUCCUACUCGUCAUGCUCCUGGCAACCGGUUUGCCUCUGUCCGACAUCGUGACCACGAUCUUCAUGUCCCUUGUCAUCGUCGUCAGCGGCCUCGUCGGUGCACUUGUGCAUAGCACCUACAAGUGGGGUUACUACACCUUCGGCCUCGUCUCUCUGUUCUACAUUUGGUACGUCCUCCUCUGGCACGCCCCCGCCUCCAGCUUUGCCGCGGGCGGUGUCGUCCGUCGGGGCUACUACCUCGCCGCGGGCUACUUCUCGUUCAUGCUCAUCACGUACCCGAUCGCCUGGGCCUGCGCGGAGGGCGGCAACGUCAUCACGGUCACCUCCGAGAUGAUUUGGUACGGCAUCCUCGACAUCCUCACCGGCCCGGUCUUCCUCGCGUUCUUCCUCUGGGAGUUGCGCGGCGUCGACUACGAGGCGUUCGGUUUCCGGUCGGGCAGGUAUGUCGACAACAACGCGACCGCUGUGCGUGGCGAGAAGGCCCCGAUGAUGGCCCCUGCCCCGAUGGUGGCACCUCAGGCUGCUCCGGCUGCCGCGCCUGGGCCCGCCGCUGCUUCCGCUCCUGAGCAGACUGUAUGA